AUGGCAGCACCAGCAAAACGAAUCGUCCUCAUCACCGGCGCAACCAGCGGCAUCGGCCUCGAGCUCGCCGCCCAGCUCCUCGCCCGCACGCACCCCACCACCUACCACGUCCUCCUCGGCGCCCGCAACCCCACCAAAGGCGCCACCGUCCUCUCCACCAUCCAAUCCCGCAUCCCCCCGGACGCCCCCGGCGGCGGCACCGCCGAAGUCCUCCACCUCGACGUAACAUCCGACACGACCAUCACCGCCGCCGCCGCGCACGUGCGCCGCGCCCACGGCCGUCUGGACAUCCUCGUCAACAACGCCGGCACCGCCGCCAUCGACGGGCACGACGACACCUCGACGCCCGCUGGCCUGCGCGCGCAGCUGCGCGAGUCGUUCGACGUGAAUGCAACAGGUCCCGCCGUCGUCACAGCCGCAUUCGCGGACUUACUCCUCUCCCCCCAACAAGAAUCAGACUCAUCACCACCACCACCGCGCCGCAUCGUCAACAUCUCCAGCGGCGCCGGCUCCAUCACGCGGCGCCUCGACCCGUCGUCGCCCAUCUACGCGCUGCAGGCGACCCAGUACCGCGCCAGCAAGGCCGCCCUGAACAUGGUGACGGCGUGCCAGCACGUCGAGUUUGGUGCAGGCGCGAAGGGCGUGAAGGUCCACGCGUACGACCCGGGCUUCACCGUCAGCAAUCUCGGCCCGCCGAACCGUGCGGAGAACAGCGGCGCGAGGCCGGCGGCGGAGUCGGUGGCGCCGCUGGUGGAGUUGUUGGAGGGGAGUAGGGAUGGCGGGGAUGAGGGGUUGUUUUUGCAUAAUACGGGGGCGUAUCCGUGGUGA